AUGCCGGACGAGCACCCCAAUACACCCAACAUCCCCUCCACCUCCGCAGUCCUCCGCAUCCAGAGCUCAACCGUCAUCCACGGCCCCAUCGACCAAGUCUGGGCCGCACUCACAGAUACCUCAACCUGGCCCUCAUGGAACAAGUUCGUGCCACGAGUUACGAUCCGCGAACAGCCCGAGAACACCGAAGAUGACUCGCCGACCCUAAGUCUCGGAUCGCGAUUCACCUUCCACGUCAACAUGUACCCCGAACCAGAAACCCCCGCCGACGCCGCGACAGCAAAACAAUUAGGCAACGUCAAUCUCCGCGACACGUACCUCAAGGUCAUUGAGUGCGAAGCGCCGACUUCCGCUUCUGCUUCAACUUCUACUCCUUCACAGGGGAGAAAAGCGCGAAUCGUCUGGGCGAGCGACGGCGCUGCAGAUGGGCUCAUCAUGUCCUCGCUGCUGACGGCGGAGCGCGUGCACGAGUUAGUCGAGGUGCAGGUUGAGGGUGAAGAAGGGAAAGUAGUGACGGAGGUGCGCAAUUGGGAGUCGCAAGUUGGGUAUCUUGCGUAUGUGGUGCGGUGGAUGUUUGAGGGGAGAUUGAGGGAAAAUUUUGGGAUCUGGGAAUCGGGGUUGAAGGGGUAUGUUGAAGGGAGGAAGUGA